AAAAGCAAAAGAUCAAAAGAGGGGAUUCGACGUUCGAUCCAUACUUUCGCAUAACUAUCUUCUCCCUCAAAUUAUCAAAACAGAAAAACACACUAUCUUCUCCCCCUCUUCCGCUGCAUUAGAUUUUGUUUAGCACUAUUUCCUUUAUAUAUAGUAACUGCUGUUCGUACCAUUUUGACAGAAAAAGAAUCCUGGGUUUGUUUCGUUUGGCUCAGCAAGAUGCCGUAUGAAUUGAAUGAGCAGAAAAACGGAAACAAACGUCAGGGGUACUAGAUAUAAUUUUUGAAACCAUAGGGGUCUGUGUAUAAUUACACCAAACUUCUCAUCCCUAAAGAGAAAGUAAUGAAGAAGCAAGAGAAAAUACUGAAGGAUAUAUAAGCACCAGUAGGAGUAUGAGGAAGAAGAAACGGAAAAGAUCUCCAACCGAAGGAGAAGACUCCCACGAUGGAAGAGAUGUAUGGAUGUAAGAUGAACAACAUAGCACACAGGGAGGAAAGAGAAAAAACUUGCAGUAUCAUAAAGGUUGGCCUAGGUCUCAUUGGCUUUGGCAUUUUCUUCUCAUUUCUUGCCAUAGUUCUGUUUUUCGACAGAGGAUUGCUAGCCCUUGGAAAUAUAUUUUGGCUAACAGGUGUAGCCAUUUUACUGGGUUGGCGAUCCACAUUGCAACUCUUCACAAACCGAAGGAACUAUAAGGGCUCACUUUCAUUCCUUCUGGGGAUAUUCUUUAUAUUUGUUCGUUGGCCAGUAGUUGGUAUUCUAGUGGAAAUAUAUGGUUGCUUUGUCCUUUUUGGUGGUUUCUGGCCCUCAAUCAAGGUGUUUCUUUAUCAGAUUCCUGUAUUUGGCUGGAUUUUACAGUAUCCCGCAUUGUUGAGGGGGAGCUCUAACUGACUGCUGCUAAGUUCUCGGAAUACAUGAUCGAUCCUUGGGAUCAGCGCCAACGAGUCAUGGAACAUGUGCUUCCCCGAAACUUCGAGAUCGAGGUAAAGUAUCUUGACAACUGGAGGGCCAGAAAUUGCAGCCAACAUUUAUCCGACCAAACGAUCUUGGCUUAAUGAUUCUGUAAACUUAUUUAUCAUCCUAUCCGAAGCUAGUCUUGGUGAUGUCAAAGAGACACCAGAAAGAAUCUCUAGGUUUAAAUGGAAUGCAGAACCUGGUCAUGAAAAAGAUUGAUUGAUCUUGUCAUUGAUUAGCAGUCUAUGUCUACCGAUUUGCUUAUCAAUUCCAAUUUCUGUUGUUAUCUUUGGGUGUAGGUAAGAUUGAUUGAAUUCAAUACAUUUGAAUACCAAUCAUAAA